AUGGCGUUCCAGCAUGAACAGUUCUUCUAUUCUAUGGGUCAGCCUCAACAGUCAGUCGUUCACCACCCAGAUCUGCAGUAUUCCACUUUUCCCCAACAGUCGAUCUACAAUGACCUGAUACUCAAUGGUUAUCCUACGUACACGGACCGUUACGAUAUCCUGCCUGCAGGCGCAUAUAUGGAGGAAUAUGACGAGGGCCAGGAAGUUACUACACGGCCGCGCCUGACGAAAGAGCAAGUUGAAGUACUCGAGAACGAGUUCCUGAAAAAUUGCAAGCCAAGCAGCAUGUUGAAGAGACAAUUAGCUGCACACACCAGCUUGAGCUUGAACAGGGUUGCAAAUUGGUUUCAGAAUCGUCGCGCCAAGGCCAAGCAACAACGUAAGCUAGAGGAAUAUGAAAAGGAGCAGCAGUCCGAGCAAGCCGCACGCUCGCGUACAGGAACGUCGCAGUCCAACAGAGAAGAUGACGAAGGGGAGGAUGAGGCGGAUAAUAAAGGAGAGAACGAACAACCACAUCCUAUUCGAUCUGGUACUAGCUCUGUAGCACCAGAAUUCAGGACAGCAAAUCCUUAUGGUGCUCCAGCAGGUACCGAUCUAGAUGAUGUUCGUGCAAAAGCAUACGCCUCCUUGCAGCGCGCGCUGAGUGCGGCUCAAGCGGCUCGUCCUCUCACGAACGAUUGUCUACAGAAUCCUCGAAGUAGCGAACAGGUUGCAGAACUACCAUUGUCAGAUUCGUACCAGCAGUCUUCUUUGAAUACAGGAUCAUCGUCUGAGCCACAGAUAAGUACUAGGCCUCAGGUUCAGCAUUGCCAGGACGCAUGGAAUACACGUCAAGGAUCGCAGAACAUCUGGCCACCAUCUCCGCACACGACUCCUGAUAUAAGCUUCGAUUUCGGUUUCACGUCUUCACACAACCAACCACAGCAUGACUACACUUCAUUGCCCUCACCUACGGAUUCUGGCUCAAAAGCCGGUAUGCUGUCACCCGAAACGUGGGAGGACCCUAUGCUUACACCCACUAUGCCGACACAGCAUCAUGAGCUACAGGCGCCAAUGCAUUCUCCUGCACUUCUAACAUCAGCUUACUGUGGUUCUCGUCGAGGAUCCGCCGCCGAUGCUCUGACCAACAAUUUCGAGGGCUUCGCGAUCACAAGUGGAACUUCUCAAACUGGGUCGUCAACUCCGACGUCUUGUUCGACAGGGAACGUGGAUGGGACGAUUAACCUUGCUUCUCGGCGGAACAGACCACGACCCGCGCCCAUCAACUCGGCUUCCUUGCGCAGUCGUUCUUAUGGCGCUCUGACCGCGGCUUCUCCCACAUCGCGGCAAGGCAUGUACUCGUCGCCCGUACAGACUCUGAGGCACGUCAAAUCAACUGGACACAGUCUUAACAAUCAUUACAGUGGCAUCCGCAAACCUAGCGCGGCUCAGAAAUCCCCGCUGAACGUUUCCACAUUCGCAGAAUCCGAGUUCCAGAAUUUGAUGGCACAGAAAGCUGCUGAGGACAGUCUGAGGCAGCAGCUGACAUCCAGUAACCCCCUCCACAUGAAUCACUCUACUGUACAUUCGCAGCCACCGAUGUCGCAGCCUCAAGCGACACAAGGUGACAUGCAUUCGACUCGGGGACGAUUUCUUCAAUCACCUCCAGUGACACCUUUCCAGACAAACUUCCUGCCAACAUCAUGUAUGAUGCCUCAAUCACAAUUCGCAAGUUUCCCAGACUACACGCCCCCAUACUCUGCAGGACCUUUGACAAGCAGCAGUUGGUCAGAUGCACCAUUAAUAUCACCUGACGUUACCAACUUUCCACAACCGCAUUCCUUUCCUGUGAUGAUCAGCGAUUUGAACACUGAAGAGCACGGCCAAGUUCCAUGGAUGUUUUCGUCUGAUCAGAGCCCGAAUCUCGCUCUCCGGGCAUCAGCCAACGACAAACAGAGGCAAUUUCACAACGUAGAAUUUCCAGGCCAGAAGGAAGAACAUGCUCAGGCUGCUCAACAGCUUAGCCAAUCACGACCAAAGCACUACGCAUUCCAACACCACAAACCGGAGGACUUUAUCUCGUCAUAA